GUGACAAUGUCGAAACAAUACCUCACCACCCACACGGUGGACAACGCCCACACGACCGACAUUUUCUCCUUAGCCGCAACGUCCACCGCCCUUCUUACCGGCAGCGGCUCCUCCACAAUCAACAUCCAUCGCACGACAGACCCCAGCGGCACCUUUCCGAUCUCCCAAUCCCUGACUGCUCACAAACUCGGCACCCAUCACAUCGCAACAUCCCCCCGCGGCGGCGACGGUCGGCUCGCAGCCAGCGUCGGCUUCGGUGGAGACAUCAAAAUUUGGCGGUGCGAUGCCACCACCGGCGACUGGUCGCUAGACUUUGAGAUCUCGCCCGCGGAAGCCAAGGCCCGUGGCGGUGGCGACGUCUGGGCCGUUGCGCUCGACAGCCAGGAGAAAUAUCUCGCUUGCACAGCGCACGAUGGACGCAUAUAUGUGUGGGACCUGGAGAGCAAGAGUGUUGUGCAGACCUACGAGACUGGAGGUGCCGGAGCGGGCAGCUUUGGGCUGUGUGUGGACCUGAGUCCCGAUGGGAAGCUGACGGCCAGUGGGCACCAUGACGGGAGUGUGUAUGUCUUUAGCAACGAGGUCGGGCACCUUAAGUACUCCCUAUCGGGCCUCGCAAAGCCUGUUCGGGCAGUCGCCUUCUCCCCCGGCAACUCACGCCUUGCAGCUGCCGGCGACGCGGGCG